AUGGCAAAAAGGGACUUGACAUUCAAUUCCCCCAUAGAGAUAAAUGAUACUUUCAUAGAGGAUCCAUUCACUUCUAGCUCCAGUGAAAAUACUAUGGAGGAGCUGGAUGUUAGCGAACAAGAUGUGAGAAGAAAUUCUGUUUAUGGGUCUACGUUUCGAAUGGACUACGAACAUUCUUCGUUGCAUGAUAUCGAAGCAGGCUUGUUAGCGAGCGAAGUAUUAAGUACAAAUUACCAAGACUUUGACAGUUCAGAGGGAGUGAUAAACGGAGCAGACCCAUUCAAUAUACAGCAACCAACAGAUUACGAUAGAUAUCCAUCUAUGGCAGGUUCCAAAAUAUCGUCCAGUUCACUCCCAUCAAAUUUGUUCCCUGCUUCGAAUAAUCUUAAUAGAUUCCCGAAAAUAUCUCAACAGGAACAAGAUAUUUUGUCUGUAUCAAGCAAGCCCAAUAAGCCAUUGCGAGGUAGCAAAGACUUCAGUCCAUUUGGUGGAUAUCCGGCUACAUUGUUUCCAUUGC